AAUAGCUAUGAUGAUUACUAAGAAAGUCCUUCUCUUUAUAUCCCACAACAAAUCCAUCAUCUCUCUGUUGUGGCUGUGGCAAUGGCAGAGGAGGAUGAGCAUCUGAUGAAUCCUGUGGAGAUCCAUGAAACCGGGUCAGAGAAUUUUCCGGCUGGUGUGUCUCAAGUGCCCGGGAUAAGGAGAGUGGGUUUGAGAGCUGAGAUCGAUACUUCUCCACCGUUCGGUUCGGUUCAGGAGGAGGUGACCCGGUUAGGUGGUCGUGGGUAUUGGGUUCCUUUCAAGCUAGAAGACAACUACAGUGGUGUGGGAGAGUUUAACAUAAAGAGAAUGGAAGAGCAUGCAGCGGAGCUAGAGAAGGAUCUGAUAGUAAAAGAGCUAGAAACUCUAGACGUUCUAGAAGCACUCGGAACAACCAAGAGGAUCGUCGAAGACUUGAAACGGCAGCUCCACCAAGAAUCCUUGAGAUCAGCUGAGCAGAUCAAAGAGAUGAACAACGACGAUCACUCCAAUCAUCACAACAACCCCAUCUCAUCAUCAUCUCCGGAUAUGAUCUUGAUGGAACUGAAGCAGGCCAAGAUAAACCUCGGUAAAACCAUGGAUGAUCUCGUGAUGAUCCAGUCCUCUGUCGAGUCACUGAACAAGAAAAUGAAAGAAGAGAAAGAGUUUCUCGACAAGGCGAGGGAGAAGCUUACGUAUGAAACACCAGUGGCUGCUGAAACAACCAACAAGAAGUGUCUGAGAACUGCGGAGAUGAGACUCGUUGCCGCUAGGAAAAUGGAGGAAGCUGCGAGAGCUGCUGAAGAACUUGCCAUUGCUGAAAUAACAAUGCUAUCAUCAUCAUCACCAAACGGUGAAACCGAGGAUGAUGAUGAGUUUUGCUUUCCAGAGCCACCGAGAUCUCCGUUUAGAACACCGAGAGGGUUUGGUAACGAUCACGUUCACGACUCGAGAAGAGGGAUGGUAUUGAAGAAGCUCGAGGAAGCUACGGAAGGGGUCAAAGAGAGCAAACAAGCUUUGGAAGCUGCGUUGAACCGAGUGGAGAUCGCUAACGAGAAGCAGCUCGCGGCUGAGACUGCUUUCCGCGGGUGGAGCAAACACUCACCACUACCACCACCCCAACGCUCCUUCUUCAGCCAUCUGAACAAGCCGGUGGUUAAGCCUAACGUCUCGAUGCGUGAUGUUCUGAGGCGCAAGCAAGUAGUUCAAAAGGAAGACGUUGUUGUGCACAAGAGGCAGAGCGUGGAAGGAGAGACACCGAGGCGGCAUGUGAAUUUGAGCCAGAUGUUGAAGGAACUGAAGCAGGAUGUGAAAGAGGAGGAGGUGCGUGAAGAGAAACGGUUUGCUACUCAGAGGAGGAAGUUUGGGUUCAUUCACAUUACUCUUCCAAUGCAGAAGCAGAGUAAGAAAAAAUAAAUUAAAAAAAACACCUUCAUUGUUAUGUUUUGGUGCUUUAUGUGUUUGUUUGUAAUUGGUUUUCAUUUUGGCAUGAUGUGUUGUGAUUUGGUGUUCACGUAUUUGUGUUUUUAUUCAAGAGAAUAAAUAUUCAAUUA